AUAAAAAAACACAAACGUUAUGAUGUAAAAAAAAAUAAAAAAAUUCAAAAAAGCUCAAUAAAGUUGUGAAAAAAGAAGAAGAAGAAGAAAAAAAGAGAACAGCUUGCCUCUUCCGGCUCCGGCCUGAGUCAACGCUGCUCAUUGGCUGUGCUUUUCUGUUGAUCCCGCCCACUGUACCCGGCUGUUACCCGAUUGGACAACGACGGCUAGCGUCACUACAGCGUCACUACAGCCUCCUCUCUGAUUGGCUGGAACCAUUUGGCGGGACUAAAAGCUGCGGGUUCAAACCAAACCACAACAUCUCCAACAUCUCCCUUCAGCAGAGCAGAGCAGCAGCUUCAUUGUUUCUGUGCCGGUGUAAAGCUCACGUUGUCAGGAUGGAUGUCCAUCAAGAUAACGACAACGUUGCGGAGAUUUCCGACAAACUGGAUAAGUGUUUGUCCGUGGAUACAGACGACAAGAUGGACGCCUACCACAGGUUAAUUCAAGAUGGUAAAGAUGUUGCCAAACAAGGGGACCUAAAGAAAGCGCUGAAGUUGCUCAAACAGGCGUACGACAUUCACCAGAGUGAAAAACUUGAAAGGAGGAUAAAGAAACUCGAAGAACUUAUUGGUCAGAUUGACUCGGAGGAUGAAGAUGAAGACUUUGUCGAUGUUAAUGGCAGUGGUUUAAUGCUUUUCAAAGAGUUAUAUGACAAGCUUUAUGACUACCAGAGAAAUGGAGUGGCCUUCCUGUACAGUCUCUACAGAGAUGGUCGUAAAGGUGGGAUCUUGGCAGAUGACAUGGGCCUUGGUAAAACCAUCCAGGUGAUAUCGUUCCUCUCUGGCAUGUAUGACAGCGAGCUGGCUAAGCACACACUGCUGAUCAUGCCGACUUCACUCAUCACAAACUGGACCAAGGAGUUUGCCAAAUGGACUCCCGGCAUGAGGGUCAAGGAGUUUCACGGUACCGGCAAAGAGAGGACCAGGAAUUUGGAGAAAGUUCAGAGGAGAAGUGGCGUCAUCAUCACCACAUACACUAUGCUCCUGAAUAACUGGCAGCAGUUGUCAUCAUACAAUGGCAGAGAGUUCACAUGGGACUACGUGAUCCUGGAUGAGGCACACAAGAUAAAAAACACAUCCGCCAAAACAGCCAAAAGUGCCUCCAACAUACCUUCAAAAAACCGAGUUCUUCUCACAGGCACUCCAGUCCAGAACAACCUGAAAGAAAUGUGGGCUCUCUAUGACUUUGCUUGCCAAGGCACUCUCCUCGGCACAGCUAAAACAUUCAAAACAGAGUACGAGAACCCCAUCACCCGGGCCAGAGAGAAGGACUCCACUCCGGGGGAAAAGGCCCUCGGGUUUCGGAUGUCUGAGAACCUCAUGGCCAUAAUAAAACCCUACUUCCUCCGCAGGACAAAAGCAGAAGUGCAGAAGAACAAAAUGAACGGGACACGUCCAUGCAAAGAGGAAUAUUCAAACAACAAGGACAGCCAAGUGCCAAACCCUCCAAAAGACUCUGGAGCAGUCAUGCCCACGCUGACGAGAAAGAACGACCUGAUCAUCUGGACUUACCUGAGCUCUGUUCAGGAAGACAUAUACAGGCAGUUCAUUUCACUGGACCAAAUCAAGGAGCUGCUCAUGACGACCAAAUCGCCUCUAGCUGAACUAAACAUAAUGAAAAAGUUGUGCGACCACCCAAGACUGCUCUCUGCUGCAGCCAUAGCCAAGUUAGGCUUGGAUGAAAGUACAGCUGAAAGUCAGCAGAAUGACAACAUGGAGGCAGACACAGGCAGCAUCGCUAACGUUCCUGAUGACACCUUGAUAUCAGAGUCUGGGAAACUCAUCUUUCUGUUUGAACUUCUUGAAAGGCUCAGAAAGGAAGGACACCGCACGCUGGUCUUCGCUCAUUACAGGAAAGUGCUUGACAUCAUCCAACGCAUCCUGGGGAACAGAGGCUUCAAAGUAAUGAGACUGGAUGGGACAGUAACUCAGAUUGCAGAGAGAGAAAGGCUCAUCACUCGGUUCCAGACAGACAACAGUUACUCUGUCUUCCUCCUGACCACCCAGGUUGGAGGGGUUGGUAUCACUUUGACGGCAGCAAACCGAGUCGUGAUCUACGAUCCCAGCUGGAACCCAGCAACAGACGCCCAGGCCGUCGACAGGGCGUACCGCAUUGGCCAGACGGAAAACGUCAUCAUCUACCGGCUGAUCACCUGCGGCACGGUGGAGGAGAAGAUCUACAGACGGCAGGUUUUCAAAGACUCCCUCAUCAGGCAGAGUACCGGAGACAAGAAGAACCCUUUUCGGUACUUCAGCAAGCAGGAGUUGAAGGAACUUUUCAUCCUGGAGGAGACACGGUCCUCGUCCACACAGCUGCAGCUUCAAGCCCUGCACUCCAGACACCGACGGACAGACCCUGAACUGGACGAGCACAUUGCCCACCUCCACGCCAUGGAGAUGUUUGGGAUCUCUGACCACGACCUCAUGUUUUCCCUCGACGUCAACCACGACGAGGCCCCGGAGGACCAAGAGGCACACCACUACAUUGAAGGCAGGGUCCAGAAGGCCCAGGAGCUGAUGAAGGCUGAGUCAGAGUUACAGAUGCAGCUGGCGGAGAGCAUGACAUCAAGCACAGAACCGGCCUGGCUCAGACAACCUCUAGCCGAGAACAACCGAGAGCGGUCUAAUGAGAAAAAAACAAGAAAUCCAAGACCAAGUCCUUCCUUUCCACAGCAUGACCACAACUUCAACGGGUCACCGGUUGUGGUGGAGUUGGACGAGUCUGGUUCUGACAAAGAGAACAGCCAACAGAAUCUGAAUGGCCGAGUUAUUGAUCUAACUGCAGAUGAGAGUAUGUCAGAAGAUCAACCUGUCUUGGAAGUAAACCAAGACAAGCUUGCUGAGCAGAACCUGUAUUCCCCGAAACACCCAUCUGUCAAGCAGGAGAGGAGUUACUUGGAAGUAGAAGAUGCCUCCCCUCAGGAGGUGAUUGAGGAGUCUUUGGUGACGUCAGAGACCAGUGAUGCUGCAGCAGGUGAUAUGGCUGAUGCCUCCCUUCAAGAACUGAUGGAUAAGUCUGCAAUGGAGGACCAAGAGGCCCACCACUACACUGAAGGGAGGGUCCAGAAGGCCCAGGAGCUGAUGAACUUCAACGGGUCACCGGUUGUGGUGCAGUUGGACCAAUCUGGUUCUGACAAAGAAGAUGGCCAACAGAAACCAAGUGACCAAAUUGUUGAUCUAACUGCAGAUGAGAGUAUGUCAGAAGAUCAACCUGUUGUAGAAGUAAGCCAAGACAAGCUCGCCGAGGAGAACCUGUAUUCCCCGAAACACCCGUCUGUUAAGCAGGAGAGGAGUUACUUGGAAGAAGAAGACGCCUCCCAUCAGGAGGUGAUUGAGGAGUCUUUGGGGACGUCGGAGACCAGUGAUGCUGCAGCAGGUGAUAUGCAUGAUACCUCCAUUCAAGAGAAGUCUGCGAUGUCUGAGGCUGCAGUUGCUUCAGCAGGUGACGGCUGUCUGGCGCACGAUACAGCAGUUGAUGAAGACGUCGUACCCCUGAAGAACAAAAGACUUUCUGUCUUGAAGCUUGAUUGGGAUGCUGGCAAGGCAGAUCCAUCAUCCAGAGUCAGCACAGAGCUGGAAUCCUUUGAAGGCAACUUCAAUUUACAACUUGAGGACAGUGACAUGUUCUCAGACCACGAUGUCCUGGAUCAUCAGGAGACCGAAGAAGAGGAGAGGAAGCUGCUGUCACAGCUGCAGAUGGAGGGAAGUUUCAACGUUCAUAAAUCCCUUUCUGAGAGACAACAUCAAGAAGCACUCAGCCAAAGUCUCAAUAACGUCGACGAGUCGAUGGAUAAUUAUAUUGUGACUAACAAGAAGAAAAGAGGAGCAGUGAUUUAUGAUAGUGACGAAGACGACGAUGAUGAGGAGGAGGAUAGGAGAGAACUCAACAACUCCUUCCAGGUUCUUGGAGCCUCCACACCUAAAUCUGUCCCCGCCCCUCUCCGGUCAAGAAAGAGCGUUGGAGGAAACACCUCCGUGGCCUCAAGCCGGUCCCUCCUUCAGUCCAUGAUCGAAGACAUCGACCAAGACAUGGCUGAUGAGGAUGAGGAAGAUGAGGAAGAUGAGGAGUGCUCUGAAUCAGCAGAUGCCAUCGAUGAGUCUGGACAGGAAACGAGCAGCAACAUGGAGAGGUCAAGCAACAUGGAGGAGUCGAGCAGCAUGGAGGAGUCGAGCAGCACGCCCGAGCUAGCCUCCGACGAAAAAAUGGAUCAGUGCACCGCUGAUUCAGGAGUCAAGACGAACGGGACGAAGGGUGUCGUCCCGUUCGAGGAGGAGAGCUUCGACUCCCUGGUCACCAGAGGGAAGGAGCACCAAAGCAAAGGGAAGCUGGACGACGCCUUGGACUUCUUCCUGAGAGCUAUCGACAUCAAACCUGGAGAUCCUGAAGUUCAGCUCAUGACCAUCCAACUGUACCGGAAGCUGAGUCAGAGAAGUUAACAAAGGAACACAGAGGAAGAGGACAUAUCAGAUUUUAAUACACAUUGAUGGUUUGAUUUGCACAUUUGUUAAUAAAAGACGCAUUUCCAUUAA